GCAUAGAUAUCAAGGCAGCUGGUAAUAGGUCUCCUGAUGACUUAAUAACAUUUUCAGGAACCAGUCAAGCAUCCCCUCACGUCGCUGGAACAGUUGCUUUGAUUAUUGCAUCUAGCGGAAAUAGAUCUCCUGAUGAAAUGAAGCAAUUCCUCGACAAAUUAUCUACAAAAAAUGUAGUAAAGGGCGAUCUUAAGGGUUCUCCAAAUAGAUUUAUACGUGUUCCACAUCCUUAA